AUGGCAAAGACGAGUAGAACUAGAAGCAAUUCAGCAGCAACGUGUGCUUCGAUUGCACCCUUUACAUCCAUUACAUCAUUCGAUGGACACAAGACGAAGCUCGGCCGGAGUAGAACGACGUGCACCGGCAGCAAACCAAAACCCGUGGCAGCUUCCAGGCAGCUCGCAAAUGUCCUCAACAUACAUCCAAAUGUGCCGAAAGUGGAGACAAUAAAAGUUGGAGGCAAGAUGGUGCACCAGCUCACGAUAAAGCUUGGUAGUGAGAUAUCUGUACAACGUCGCACUCGUUAUCGUAGUGAGAAGAUGAGGGAAUUGGAGAGGGAUGUGUGGUGGAACUGUUUAUACCGCCCAUCGUUGACAGCACCUCCACUCUCUUCCACCCCUUCAAUGACGACGCCAGUGAUACGCUCGAUACACAUCGAUUGCUAUGAGAUACGCACAACGCCACCACCAAGCCAUACAGUCUACAAGAUACACGUGUCUACAAAUCUCAAUUCCUAUGUUAUUGACAAACGUUACUCAGAUUUCGAUAAUCUCGAUAAGCAGCUGAGGGGAUUGGAUAGCGGUGUGGUGACGAUACCCCCGAAGCAUUUGCUGCGAUUUAGGCAGUCAACAAACGAGCCAGUGAUAAAGGAAAGAGUCGAUGGCUUUAAUAAAUACCUGCAUUUCAUCAUUUCAUCUAGGAAUCCCAUUUGGAGGGAUUCGAGGGAGUUUAAAGCAUUUAUAUGCUUGCAAGCACAGACGAGAGGCGCAUUCAACUGGAUGGAGAGCUAUCGUACUCUAUCCAACCAACUUAGAGUGCUUAAGGGGUUGGUAUACAAGAGCGAUAAGAGCGCGAGAAGGGAACUGUUCGUAUGCCUAGCAAAAUUGAGGGAAUUGCAGCUCAAUUUGGAUACUACGAAGCAAUCUAUUAGCUCAAAUGAGUUCAAUAGCAGACAUCAGUUGCUGCUAUCGCUCGUUGAUCAAGUAGACUUGAUUGAGUUGAUGCUGAAGGAUACCAGCAAGCAAAAUAAGCAAACAGAGCAGCCAAAAACGCUAUCAUUUAACAGACAAUCCAAGCCUGUCGAAACUGAGGAAACUCGUCCACUCGAUUCCACCCAACUGCACACCUUGCAAUCAACCAAGAUGGCCAGUCAGGAUACGCAAAUUGAACAAAUCUCAUUAAGAUUACAGAGGCAGCUUGAGAUGGGACUUGCGAUUAAUUCCGAAGUCGCUCAGCACAACGAACUUCUCGACAGCCUUGAUGGAAGUCUCAACAACUUUGACGUAAAUUUGAAUAAGGCAAAUAAGAUGUUGAAUAGGUUGUAA